AUUUUAUUGUCCAGUACUCUACCAGCAAGUCGCUUUUAUGGUGAAAGCCUUGCCAAAACCCUGCCAGGACUGGGACUGGGUCGGUACAGAGGUCCGAACGCCAGGUCAGAUCACGCUCGAACAUCGACGGCGUGCAGCUGGGCUUGUUACAAGCGUCGUUUGUCCUCGCGACCUCACACACCUUGGAAGAGAGACUACCAAGGAUGAUAGUGAGGUAAAAGGGAAUGGAAAAGGAACUGGGGAGAAGAAGGGCACAGGAUGUAGAGCAAAAAAUUGCAAAUCGAAUUACAUGUGUUACAAUAACCUUGGAACGGAAAAGCUUUUGGAACCUGAUGCGAAAGCAGAAUUCGUUAUUUCAAACCUAGGAGAUGUUCCACAAGAGCGUAAUGGGCCCGCUGGUUUAAGAAACCUCGGGGCGACGUGCUAUGCAAACGCCUUCUUGCAAUUGUGGUUCCACAACGUGCCUUUUCGUAAUGCAGUCUAUGCUUGCGUGACUACAGAGACCACACCACUCUACCAAUUAGCUCUCAUCUUCGCUAAGCUGGAAUAUGGCGAAAAGAAUGUAGUGGAUCCCAUGGGUCUGAUAGACGCUCUGCGACUCAAUAUGGGUGAUCAACAAGAUGCAGCCGAGUUCUCAAAACUGUUCAUGUCAUUGAUCGCAUCAGAAUUCUCAAAACAUUCCGACCCUAAACUCAAAACGUUGGUUAAAGAUCAGUUUGAAGGGACAAUGCAGUAUAUUACCCAGUGUGAAUGUGGGUACGAAAGUAUCUCUGAGACCACUUUCCUCGAGAUUGAACUCUCGCUGAAAGACAAUACAACCCUUCAAUCCCGCCUGGACGAAUUCACAUGCCCUGAAAUCCUUGAUGGGGACAACAAAUACUCUUGCCCCUCCUGCCUCUCUAAACGCCGUGCAACCCGUCGUCAGCUGCCCGUCACCCUCCCUCCCGUUAUCCACUUCUCUCUUCUCAGGUUUGUCUUCGAUCUCAAAAGCAUGUCGAGAAAGAAGAGUAAAGCGUCGAUAAAGUAUCCGAAAGAGGCGGUGCUUGGGAAUUCGGUAUAUGAAUUAAAAGGAAUUAUAUCUCAUCAAGGGACAAGCGCGUAUCAUGGUCAUUUCGUUUGCGAGACAUAUGAUGAAAGCAAUGAUACCUGGUAUAUCUGUAACGACGAGUUGGUGCAGCCUAAACCUGUCCGGCCGCACAAGAAAAUCAAGCUUGAGAAACCUGGCGAUGACAAGGGCAAGUUAGAAUCAUCCAAAGAUGCCUACAUGCUCGUCUACAAACGGCGAGAUGGCCAUGUGUCUCCCCAAUUUCCACCAGCGAUUGUCAUGGAGAAGGUUAAGGAGGAGAAUAGAGGGUUGAGGGAAGAAUUAAAUAAAGUGGGGGUGAGGAAGGAAGUUUUGGAAGAUGAGUGGGAGCAUCUAAAGGGGGCGAAGGUGGAUGUUAUCAGGGAUCUUCCUGGGACAGACUACAUUGUUCCUCGCGACGCCCUCGCCAAAUGGAUCCAGUCUCCCUCCUUUCAAGAUCUCUACAAGCCAUUCGACUACUCAUCCAUCCUCUGUGCUCAUUCGCAAGUGGAUCCCCUCAAAUCUUCUGAUAUACGUACAAUAUCCGCGCUAGCUCAUGAUAAACUUUUGUUAUAUACUUCUCUUCCCGAGAUCGACGUCUGCCUAAUAUGUGUUGCGGAAGGUUUUGUCGCAAGGUCGAGUAUAACGGAGCAGCAGUCGGCGCUUGAGGCAUUCGACGAACUCAAUGCCAAGGCCGAGUUGGAAGAAGGGGGUGAAGAAGAACGGUGGUGUCUUCCCAAAACGUGGCUCAUCCACUGGCGAACAGGCAAACUUCCUCCUCAAACCUUGCCCACACACUCUUCCUACACCCUCUUAUGCCCCCACAACGCCCCCUUACCUUCAUCUUCCGCCCCGCCCGUCACCUUCAUAACCUCCUCUGCCCUUUCCCUCCUCCACUCCAUCUUUGGCUCCUUCCCUUCGUUCCAACCCGGAACACCCCCCUGCCCCGAGUGUUCCUUCGAGGCAGACCAAAAUGCAGAAUCGUUGGCACAAUGGAAAACGGAUGUGAAGCUUGAUAAAUCUAUCAAACGGCACCUUGACCCGCGGCCGCCUGCUUUUGGAUUAGAUUAUUAUGUACUUCCAAAAGAGUUUAUUGAGAAAUGGGAGGUGUAUAUGAAGACUCCAGCGGGGGAGAAGCCAGAGUUGGAUAUGGGUCUGGGACGAGGGAGAUGUGAGCAUGGAUUGUUGGACUGGGAUCCGCAGAUGGAGAAACAGAGGGUGAUUAGUGAGAUCGGAUGGGAGAUGCUUUGUCAGAAGUACGGUGAGAAAGAGCCAAUUAAAGUACAAUUUGGUGCCAACCCCCCGGAAGGAAAGAAAGUGAACAUUGCUUCUUUCACUCCUGCUGUCUGCGAGCCAUGCAGGAUUAUCAGAUUAUCAUCAUACGACGAACUCGAGAUACCAAUCGUCUUCGCUCCUGGGCCGCCCACAUCUUACAGCACCCCCGCCUCUACAGGCAAUACCAGCGGGUCAAAGUCAGGAUCAGGAUCAAGCCGUAACACAUCAAGGACCCUACGGUCCCGGCUUAAAACGCUAUACAUCCAGGCCACGAGACAAAGUACAAUCAAGGAUCUCAAAGUAUCCAUUCUUUCUCAAACAGGAAUCACCCCGCUUCUCCAGAAGAUUUAUUACAAACGUCGAACCCAACCCCAAGAGCAAGAGGAAUGUUCGGGGAAAGGGAAUGAAGAAGAAAAAGAGCUAGAUAAUGAUUUGACGAUUGGCAAGCUGGGAUAUUUGAAAGGGGAGGAGUUGAUAUUGGUUGAAGUGAAAGAAGAAGGGAAUCUGGAUGAUGAUGAUGACACUGUAGAUGGAGGUAAUGGAGGCAAGGGAAAAAAUGGAAAGAAUGAAGGAUUCGGAGGGACGGCAUUGUUGGCGAGGAUUGCAUGUCCGGAUUGUACUUAUGAAAAUGAUGGGGCAGCGGAAUGCUGUGAGAUGUGCAUGAGACCAUUUAAAUAUGAUUGAACGUUGAUCCGUUAUGGGCAUGGCUCAGGAGUUCACGAGAAGUUGUUAUGCUUUACGAACCAUCCUCUCCAUUACAUACAGGUAUAGAUUGCAAACCAUGCUAAGAUUGUAUAAACAGGAUAUGUAUGACAGUAUUCGGACUUGCUCUCUUUAUACCCCCGGAAGCGAUUACGCGCAGGAAGAGAAUCGGCGAGUAACCAUCCUGGAUCUGGCGAGUAACUCCAUCGAAUGUUCGGCCCUGCAAGCAUGGGUGGGGACUACUGGUGGGAUGACGGAAGAGGAUGGCGAGUCAGGAUGGGAGGAAUGGAUUGUGGCUUUCAAGGAUGCUGCGAUGUCGUUAGAAUGGACGAUGAAAGAAUUUCGUUCACUUUACCGUCUGCAAUUCAACAACUUGGUCUACUUUCAAUCACAAGCUACCCAACAUCGCCGCCAUUUGAUGGGUACCGACCUCUAUCCCAGCGACAAGAAUAUGGCCGAUUUCUAUCGCACUGUUUGUCCUAAGAAUCUGUUCCUUUGAUGACAAAGCGGAGUUUAACAAUGGAAGUUUGAAUGAGGUUCGUACUCAACUACUACAGUUAGAAGUUAGCAAGUACUUGGAGGCGAAAAAGGAGCAGCCUGCACCCACUCGUGCCAAGGCUCACAAUCCGGUGACCCCACAGACCCAACCCACACCUGGCUCACCCUGUCAGCUAUUAUUUAUUAUAAACCUCAAAAUCUUUUACCUUACUAUCUCUCUCCAGCUGGUAAACACAUUCGCGAAAUCUUCACCAAUAAGAACCGGUGCAACGACUGCAGCCAAGUUGGUCACAACUACAAAACCUGUCCAAAGCGACUCUACUCGCCCGGUAUCAUCCGUCCGAUAAAAAUCGUCCAAAUCCUCGUUACUCACCUUCAACGCCAUCACCCCUUUACAUCCACUUCUCUUUCUGCAUCUUCUUUUUAGCGAUCGUCUUCUCGUCCAGCUCCUUCUUCACAUAUUUCAUCUUAGGGUUACUCUGCUCUCUCAUAAGCAGCUUUGGCCAAUGUCCAUCUUUCUUCCUCGGACGUGCCAGAUCUAUAAAUCUAAUGUCUUUUAGAUGCAUCCGAAACCACUUUUCUAUGACUUGGAGUCCACCUUUGCUGACAGCAUAGUAAAUCAAAACGAGUAAAAAUGCCAUUGUUCUUUC